AUGAAACGCGGGACGGCGGCAGACGGCGGACAACGGGGGACUUUUGACGAGUUUCCUCGACGGCCGACUCGUCCGCCUCCCGAGUUUGACCACGGCGACGAGGGCGACGGCGACGGCGAGGGCAUCGUUCCUGAUCCGGACGGCGACGGGUUGUGGUCGGCGCAACAGCCGCGCGAGCCGUCGGCAGAGGAGCUCGCCAAGUACAACGACUCGGUGAGCGUGUUUGGCGACGUGGUGCUCUUCCUCGACAUUCUCGGCGCAAGCGAGUGCGAGGGCUUGUGUCUCGCAGAGCGCGGCUGCUCGUCGUGGUCUCUGGACAAGCUGCGAUCCGUCUGCAGCUUGCGCGUGGUCGGCCGCCCAACCGUCCGGUCGGAUCCGACCGCAAUCAGCGGCUGGAUGAGCGCGCAGCAGCGGGAGAGCCGCGAGGCUCGCUUCGCCGGCAGCGCAGGCGAACCAUCGGUCGCGGCGGCGGCGGAGGAGGCGGCGGCGGCAGCAGCCGCCCCCUCCAACGUCUCCAAGGCCACCGGGGGUGGUCUUCUCGUCAACUAACUCGGAGGGUCGGGAAGGGCGUGUGGUAUGUGUCUUCAGGGUGCCGAGGGGCCGGACGCCUACAAAUGCAGUGUAGCGGUGCCGCUCGUCGCUCGCGGUGAGAGUGUGUCCCGCGGCUGUCACGCGCGCAUGUGGGGUGUGUGCCGCCAGAGGAGGGGUCCCCCCGACGUCCUCCGAAUAUCUAUAGAUGGUUUUUUU